AUGGCCGCAAAUGAAAGUCUAUCGGUGAACUUUAACAAUCUGAGAGAUUUGUACAUGAAGUUUGAGCUCGCAGAGGGAAUUUGCCUUCCAGUUCUGUCUGUUUUAACGGUUUCCACCAACAUUUUACUCUUGAUAGCGAUAUGGAAAGACCCGGAGAAAAACUUUAGAUCACCAACAACUUACUUCCUGAUAGGUCUUGCUAUUGCAGACCUCUUAACUGGCAUGUCGACCGAACCAUUUUUCGCCGUUUAUCACAUCAUGAAUUACCAGAGUGGAGGCAAGCCUAUUCCCAGAGUGGUUACUAAACUCUACAACAUAGGACAGUCAAUAUCAACUGUAACUAUAAGCUCCUCGUAUUUAAUAAUCCUGGGUCUGUCGAUAUCGCAAUACAUUGCCAUUAAGUGGCCACACAAGUACAAAGUUUUAAUCACGCGAAAUCGCGUCAUCGUAAGUGUUCUAUUAAGCUGGUUGUACUUCAUUUGUUUCACGCUAGUCCCGUCUUUCACACCAAACAUUGAUCACCAAUUGUUCCUGAAGGUAGAUCUGGCCUUGCAUCCUGUAUUGAUUUCCACCAUUUUAUUCACAACGUUAAUUUUAUUAUACAGAGUUUUCUCGCAGGAAGUUCAGCGGAGGCGAUCAUACAGAAAGUCAGAUAGUCAGAAAGGAACUGUCAGGGGCAAAUCGGAAAAUCUUCAACGGCAGUUUGUAAUAGUCACGUUUUAUUUGGCAGCAAUUCUUCUGAUUUCAGCUUUACCUCAUAUCGCUAUUCAAUUUGUCUGGCUGUACGUAGCUCUAUCUGAGGAAGGAUUAUAUUACACCUUCAUGGCUUUACGGGUUCGAGAUUUGUUGCUCUUUCUCAAAGUGGCGCUUGAUGCCUUCAUAUACGCGUGGCGAUUGCCUUCUUAUCGUAAAGCCUUAAAAAGGUCGAUAAAUCAUUCAAGGCGUGAUAGUAAAUCUUCUGUUGAAGUAAAAGGGUGA